CAUUAAAGUAAUAUUUAUUAACUAUAAUAAAUGGAGUUUUCCCCUUUCAAACUAGCUGCCAUUUUAUACCACAUCCAAAAAUAUGAUUUUAAAACAUAUAUAUAUAUUUAAAUUCAUCACCGCGCGCUCUAAUAAUCAGUUAUUCAGAGAGGAUCUAGCUAACUGACGUUACAUUAAUAAUUUGAUUAUGGUUCAUCAGGGUUGUGAUCGUCUCUUAUUUAUUAUUUUUUGCAAGAUCGCAACAAUUACAGAGAGCAAGAAUAAGAAAUGAUUUAAAACCUUUUUAUUAGACGUUUGCAAACUUCAGUCAGACAGCAAGUGGCGCGCGCGGACUGCAGUUAGUGCUCAGCUCAUGAAUAUUAAUAGCCACGCACGAGAUCCAGUCGCGUAACGUAAUUAAUAUUCAUGAUCUCCUUUGCAGCAGGAUUGGCUCACAGCAGCAGUCACAUGGAUGCACCUGAUUCUAUUCUAUUCUAUAAACAUAUUCAGCCAUUUUGAUUUCAUUCAUGUGAGACACUACUGUAUGUUGUCGUUAUCACAACAUAUAUGAAGAAUACAUAAAUAAGUACUGUAUUUUUUAGGAGGGGCGUGUCUUCGGGAAGGGGGCGUGUCUCUCUCUUCCGCAGCAGAGCUCCAUCACAGUGAACGCAGGAUGGAACAGAUCCUCGGCCGCGCCAGCGCGCCACCCGGCCCCGUUCUGCAGGUGUGUUUUCCCAGCGUGCGCGCGUCGGUUCUGGAGAAUCUCAACCGGCAGCGCGAGGAGGGUCAGCUGUGUGACCUGUCCAUACAGGUGCAGGGUCAGGUGUUCCGCGCGCACAGGUGUGUGCUGGCCGCAUCAUCCCCGUAUUUCCACGACCAGGUUCUGCUGAAGAACGUCACCACCGUGUCUCUUCCCUCGGUCAUGGACCCGCUGGCCUUCGAGAGCGUCCUAAACUCCGCCUACACGGGGCAGCUCAGCAUCGUGCGCGACGACAUCAUCAACUACGUCACCGUGGCCAGUUUCCUGCAGAUGUGGCACAUCGUGGACAAGUGCACAGACAUCCUCAAGAGGUCGCGACCCCUAGCCCAGGUCAGCCCAGGCGGGGCGACCUCCUCGAGUCAUCAGUCGCCCAGCAGCUCCGACUGCUGCUUCGCCGAUCCGGAGGACGCCGCGGGCGAACAAGCUCUGGAGAAACGGCCGCAGAGCGCGCUUCCGCCUCUGGCCACGUGGAGGCGCCCUCAGCAGAGCAGGUGGAGCAGAAGCACCCUGACCUUCCCCCUCCGAACGGAGCCCGAAUGCGGGCCGAAUCCGCACGGAUGCGCCGUCGCACCUUUGCCGUCCAUCGAAACGGACUUCGCCGCGAGGCACCGCAUCCGAGUCCGCCUGCGAGGGGCGAAAGAGGACGAGGAGCAGAGGAGGGUGGAGGCGGACGAAGGUGUCGGAGAGCUUGUGGAGGAGCAGAAAGUGAGGGUGAAGUGUGAGGAGCACCAGGCCGGAGGCGUCGGGUCGGACGGACGUCUCAGAGAGAGCGAGAGCGGCCCGACGGACGGCCUGUGGCAGAACCUCGCCGAAUGGCCGUCGGACGGCAAACUGCUCGACGAAGACGAGGACGAAGAAACGCUGGAGACCUACGACGAAAUCGAGCAGGCGACGGGGCAGAUUUCGCAGCGUCCUCUGCUGCAGUCGUCCUCGUCCUCUCCGGGCUCUCCUCUCUCUGCGACGCCCAAAGUCCACUUCUGUCACUGCGGUAAAGCGUACACGCUGAAGAGCAUGCGCGACCGCCACGUGAAAAUGCAACACCUCAACCUGCGUCCGUUCGCCUGCCCCGUCUGCUCCAAGAGCUUCAAGAUGAAGCACCACCUGACCAAACACGUCAAGACGCACGGAGGCAUGCGCCCGUACGAGUGCGCGCUCUGCGGGAAGAAGAUUGUCUGGAGGGACAGUUUCCUCAAGCAUCAGGCUCGCUGCCAGCAAACGUCCGCGGCGGCGUCUGGAUCUCAGCAGGACGACGGAGCCGGACGAGUGAAGGUGGAGCAGGACGAUUAUUCGUUACAGGAAGAGGAAAUACUCUCUUAAAAGUGAAGGUUCUUGUAAAAGAUGCCAUAGAACCACCAUUCUGGUCCCCAAAGAGCCUUUCAGUGAGCCGUUCUUAAAGGGAUAUUUCACCGAAAAAUGAAAGUUCACCCAUCAUUUACUCUCCCUCAUGUCGUUCCAAACCUGUAAGACUUUCGUUCAUCUUCGGAACACAACUGAAGAUAUUAGUAAUGAAAUCUGAGUCCCUCCGCUGAAUGUCGUUUUGAAGCGCUAGAGAAAUCUCUCAGAUUUCAUCAAAUAUAUUUGUGUUCUGAAGAUGAACGAAGGUCUUAUGGGUGUGGAACGACAUGAGGGCGAGUAAUGACAGAAUUUUCAUUUUUGGGUGAACUAACCCUUUAAGUCUCUCUACAAUGAUUUUUCUUUUCAGGAAUUCAAAUUCUUCUUAACAACAAUCUUAAGAAAACAAAUAAGGAUGUUCUUAAGACAUGAAACCAGUGUUUUUCAUGCACUGAUCAGCUUGGAGAACUUUAAUACGAGCAAAAUCUGCUGAACUUUUUCAGAUGGAAGCUCAUUUCAGCCACACAUGCUGUGGUAAAUCUUAAUUAUGACAGAAAAAGUCUAAAUUAUGGCGUACUAAGUCAUAAUUAUGAGAUGAAAAGUUGAAACUAUGACAUACUAAAUCUAAACUUUAAGAUCAAAAAGUUGAAAUUAUUUUUUUAAAAUUAUAAUUGACAAUACCUCGAAAUUGACAAAGUCAGAAUUAUGAGAUUAAAAGUCGAAAUUAUGAUGUCAAUUUUGACUUUUUAUCAUAAAUAUGACAAGUCAUAAUUUCAACUUUGUCAUACUUUCGUAGUUUCAAGCCAAUUUAGAAAUGGGUUUCCAUAUUUUCACCUCAUUCUCACUGGAAGGACUGGAUUUCGUCGAGCGAAGGUAAACGUGCCGUACCUUUAGUGUGAAGAACAAUUAAAAAAUCGUAGGAUCCAUUCAUACAGAACAUGUUUUUGCGGUUAAAAAUGCAAAACGCAGAGCAGUGGAGCAAAAAACAAGCUCUAGAGAAAAGAAUUUGAACUUUUUAACUGGAGAACGCCUGUCAUGUUCAAACGACACGAGUGCAGAGGUCAAACACAUCCAUCUAGGGCUCGUUUACAUAGGAAAACUACGGAAAGCCAGCGCAGUGGAAUGAAAUAACGCUUCCUGUGUGAAGAACCUUUUUCCACUGUAUUUAUUGCCAUCGAUGGUUCAAUAAAGAACAUCCGUUGAAGCUUUUCCGUGCACUUCUUCACAGCGGAAAAAUGUUCUUUACAUGGUUCUUUAGAGAACGGGUUACUGAAAGGUUCUUUGGGGAACCUAAAAGUUAUUUUUCCCAGCAGUGCCAUAGAAGAUUCAUUUCUGGUUCCCAGAGAACUUUUUCCAACUAUAAGAGCCUUUUGUGGGAUGGAUAGAUUUCAUGGAUGUUAAAGGUUCCUUGUGGAAAAAUCAAUGCCAAUAAAGAAGCUUUAUUGUUCAGACGUGAGCAGAGAUCAGUGUUCGUUCAUCUAAUAAUGAUCCUCACAUGUAGCAGUUCUGAUUAUAUUCUGGAAGCACUACUGUAAAAUAUAAACGCAGUCGGUGUUUUCCAGAGGUGUUUACCUGUUUAUUUACCUCUUCACUCUUUGGUUUGUAGUCAGACUGAGUUCUGUGUUAUAGAUGCUGAACACAACUAGACUGUACAUAAUCAUAAUAAUAAUAAUAAUAAUGCAGUGUGAUUUUUAUAUUGUCAAUAAAGGCAUUUUAUUAAAAUCA